GUAAAAAAACCGCCAAAAUCCGGAUUCAAAUUUGAACCGGAUCUCCGCCGUUCAUCAUUCCCAUUUUCGGACAUCGAUUCCCAAAAAUCUCUCUCCGAAAUCGCAGAUUCACAUGCGGAAAUGGACGGAAAGAGGCAAUCGCAAAAUCUGUUCCCUCCGUCGCCGUCGCCGUCGUCUUCGGCAUCUUCACUUCUGAGGGAAGCUUCGGCUUUCAAAACCCCAAGACCGCCAUUACGGAGCUUCAACUUCCAGUCUUCUCCUCAGUUCUUCACGGCCUCGAAAGCCACCCCCGCGUCCUCCGCUCGCGGGCGCCGCGUGCUGAAGAGCUCAGCCGCGAAGAGUAAAGCGGCGCGGAAGCUGAAGGCCUUCGAGCUCGAACAGUCGAAGUCAGCUCGGAAGGCUUUGACCAGCAAGGAGAAGUCCGUGAAGUCGUUGGGGAAGUCGCUGGCCGUUUGGCUGAAUUUCCUGUUUGAGAAUCCUAGGUCUUGCGGCUGUGAUGUGUCGAGGUUCACCGGAGGGUUUGAGCGUUCUGGUGAUGGUGAGGUCGGGGUUGUGGUUAGUGGGAAGAGGGAGAGCAGCUCGGGAUGUAGGGUUGGUGUUGGUGAACCGUGGAGGGAUCCGAAGAGGCCGAGGAACGUGUCCUGGAGGGGUACGGGGAAUGAAGAAACAGGAGCGUUUCCGGAUUCGAUGUUCUCGGGGUUGAAAGCUUCGUUGCUUGACGUUUGCAGCUUUGAUGAUUUGAAGGAAAGAAUGAGGAAUUACUUGAGCUCGAGAAGCUGUAAGGAGAUAUUCACUACCAUGACUCAAGUAGCAAAGAAUAUUGAUGAAGGGCGAUUGAAAAUGAGAGUGCAUUGUCCCAUGGUUACUGAUGUUGGAAUGAAGGAGAAAGCACUGAAAACUCUCAUGUGUUAUAAUCCCAUUUGGCUUCGGAUUGGAUUGUACAUAAUUUUAGGUGGUGACUCCUUGUUGCCAAAUGGAGAUGUCAAUUCUGAGCAGGAAAUUGCAUUCUUGAAGAUGGUGAUCGAGAAACAGUUUUUCUCACAUGUUGGUUUAGCAAAAACAUAUGCUUAUAACAAGUUGGUUGAGGGUUUAUUCAGGCCUGGUUACUAUGAGAAGUUGGGGAAUGUCAUCUUAAAAAGAUUUUUGUUGCUUGUUCUUGUACUUGAUAGAGCUAAAUGUCAAAGCAGUCUUCCUUGUAAAUAUGGUAUUGAUGGAUUAGAUGGGGGAUCCCCUCUGCUAUUCUCUUUGCAAUCGCAUGUUAAAUCUAGCAAUCAACUGAUCAAUGAGUUCUUAUCUUCGGAUGUGAUGCAUGGCGAGGGUAACCUUCUUGCACAUCUAGUCAUAAUUGGAUUUAAAGCAAAUUAUCAACAGAAUCCUUUGGUUGAGUAUCAAUUUAAGGUGGAUGAUAUAUUUGAAGAUCUUCAAGAUGGUGUACGACUUUGCAGAGCUGUUCAGCUCUUGCAGCAUGAUCCAUCUAUCUUAAUGAAAAUGGUGGUUCCAUCAGACACCCGCAAAAAGUGUUUGAUUAACUGUGGUGCAGUGCUGCAAUAUGUGAAGCAGGCUGGUGUACCAUUACUAGAUGAAGAUGGAACUACUAUUAUGGCAGAAGAUGUUGUUAAUGGAGAUAAGGAGCUCAUCCUUUCCCUGCUAUGGAACAUGUUUGUGCACUUGCAGUUGCCACUUCUAAUCAACAAGACACUCAUGGCUGAGGAAAUUUGUAAAAUACAAGGAGUUCCAUGGAAAUACUCAAAGGGUCACACUCACUUGGAUAUGCUUCUGGGAUGGAUCCAGGCAAUUUGCGAGAGUUAUGAUCUUAAGGUUGAGACUUUUUCUUCGUUGGUUGAUGGAAAAGCUAUGUGGUGCUUGCUUGAUUUUUACUUCAGGAAGGAACUUCACUGUUCUUGUUCAUUUAAGGGAUUUGAUCAAACAGAAGAAGUUUCCAUAGUAUCUGCAAUUGAUUAUACAGAUGCAGUACACAAUUUCAUCUUAUCCCAAAAGCUGCCAUCCUUGUUGGGAAAGUUUCCAGAGGUUUUACAAGUCAGUGACAUACUGGAAAGUAAUGGUGCUUGCAAUGAUCGCAGUGUGGUUAUACUGUUGGUGUUCCUGUCAUUUCAACUGCUUGUUAAAAGAAACACGGACCAUUUGAACUUUCAUAAAUUGUUGGGUUUUAAUUGUCAAAGUCCUGAAAGGAGACGGUUAAGCAAAGAUCAAUGGUUUAUGAAUUCUGAAGCAGACCUGAAGCAAGAAGAAAGAAUUCACUCUUCUGAAGAUGCUACAAGAAAUUUCAAGGCAAUAAUGUCCUGGUGGCAAGAGAUGGCUCAACGAAAUAAUAAAUGCGGUCUGGAGCAAGUAAAUCUGACACAAGAAGAGUUUUUGACUUGUAAAGGAGUUGGAGGCCCUGAAAGAGAAAAUGCUGCAAAAAUAAUUCAGUCUCAUUUCAGACGGUCAGUUGAACAACGUAGAUAUAUGAGGAUCAAGUACACUGCCUCUUACUUGCAAGCUGUAAUACGAGCUUGGUUGACGAGGAAGAAAUCAUUAAUCGAGAUGCCCAAUCAAAGGGAAGCUCAGGGAUCUUUGAAUUUUGAGUCGGAGAAUGGGAAGAAUCAUUUGGCAAAUUUCGGCAAAUAUGCAGACCUUGAGGUUGAUGGCCAAGAUAUUAUGAAGUUGAAAAAAUCUGUAGAAACCCAACAUCUGGGUGGAAGUAAAGCAAUUCAAGAUUUGUCUACAUCUCAUCUUAUCAAUGCUGCCAUUGUCACUCAGAAGUACAUCCGCGGAAGGAUAGCUCGGUCUAUGUUUGCAAACAUGGUUGCUCAGGUAGAUAAAUCUUUAGAAUUGUCCAAAGAAAAUGAGGCAAAGGAUUGUCGAAUGAAAGCAGCAUUAUCCAUACAGCGUUCUUGGAAAGCAUACAGAAACCGAAAGUUGUUUCUUCAGACUAGGCACUCUGCAGCAAUUCAAAUUCAAAGUCACUAUCGUGGUUGGUUGAUGAGGAAGGUGUUCAUUAAUCAGAAGCAAACAAUAAUACAAGUCCAGAGUAUCUUCCGUUCCAUGAGAUGUAUGAGGGAUUUUAAGCGUUACAGAUGUGAAGUUAUGUCAGCGAUAACUGUUCAGGCAUAUGUUCGUCAAUGGAUUGCUUGCAGAGAUUUUAAUAGGUGUAGAUGUCUUAUUAUUAAGAUUCAGAGUCAUUGCCGUGGGUGGAUAAGAAGGAAAGAAUUUUCACUACAGAAGGCAGCGGCUGUCAGAAUUCAAAGCGCAGUCCGUUGCAUGAUAUAUUGGAAGGCAUUCCUUUCCCAAAAGCAUGCUGCUACUGAAAUGCAACGGCUUGUCAGAGGAGAGAUCGCUAGAAAGAGGCUUCUAGGUUCAUCAUGCUAUUGCAGGACUUCAAAUAGCAGUUCGAAAACCUCUGAGUUGAGAAUAUUUCUGCAAUCAGUGGUAAAGAUACAAAGGUGGUGGAGAGCUGUUUUGUUACAUAGACAACAAAGUGAAAAAUCAGCAGUUUUUAUCCAAUCACAUUUUCGAGGAUGGAUUACCAGGAAGAGGGUUUCAAGGGAAAGACACGGGGAAAAAUCAGCAGUUUUUAUCCAAUCACAUUUUCGAGGUUGGAUUGCAAGGAAGAGGUCAAGGGAAAUACACAUGGAAAAAUCAGCAGUUGUUAUCCAAUCAUAUUUUCGAGGAUGGAUUGCCAGGAAGAGGGUUUCAAGGCAAAGACACAGGGAAAAAUCAGCAGUUUUUAUCCAAGCACAUUUUCGAGGAUGGAUUGCAAGGGAGAGGUCAAGGGAAAUACACAUGGAAAAAUCAGCAGUUGUUAUCCAAUCAUAUUUUCGAGGAUGGAUUGCCAGGAAGAGGGUUUCAAGGGAAAGACACAGGAUUGUUGUGAUCCAAUCAUAUAUGAAAGCUUACCUCGCGAGGAAAGACCUAAAAGGGCAGCUUCUUGAUUUGCGUUUGAGACUGCAAAAAUCUGCAGCAAAUGUUAAUGAUGGUAUGCGUCUAAUUAACAGACUUCUUGCUGCAUUAUCAGAACUUCUGAAUACAAAAAGUGUAAGUGGCAUCCUCCACACUUGUGCAACUUUAGACAUGGCCACACAUUACUCACAGAAGUGUUGUGAAGAACUUGUUGCCGCGGGAGCCAUUGAUAUUCUGCUAAAGCUGAUCCGCUCUGUCAGCCGUAGCAUUCCUGAUCAGGAAGUCCUGAAGCAUGCACUUUCGAUCCUUAGAAACCUCACUCGACAUCCGCAUUUGACUGAAGUCCUCAGCAAAUCUAGUGGAUCUGUAGAAAUUAUUUUGUGGGAGUUAUUAAGAAACAAAGAGGAGGGGUAUUUCAUUGCUGCUGAGGUUUUGAAGAAACUGUUUCUGCACCACAAAGGCAUUGAAGCUGCCCACAAGUUACCUGCUCUUGUAAAGAGACUACACAAUCAUGUGGAAGAGCUCUCAAGGAAGGCAAAAAAUGAUAAAAGGACUACUCAAGGUGUUGCAAUGAGAGAACAGGUUGAGAGAAGAUUAAGAGAGGCUGUAGAGCUCUUAGAGUUGAUCAAAACAUCCAACCAAAUGAAUGUUUUCUUUUAGCUUAGAGAUGGAGUGUAUUUGUGUAUUAUAAUCUAAGAUCAUUUCCGAUGCUAAUUUUGCAGUUUGUUGGGGUUGGGUUGUUGUCCCCCCUGUGCAGCUGUGAUAUACAUAUACAGCUACCCUACAUUGUAUUAUUAUAUUCACCAGUCACGUGAAUGUAGUUGAAAGGUUGAGAUUUUUUC